AUGAGCUCCUUUUCGAUGAGCGCGUUGACCAAGGCUUUGCCGUCGGUAUGUCGCCAAUCUCAGCCUCGAAUUCACUCAUUGUGUAUCACACGUCCCUUUUCCCUGUCUAGCUCUCAACAAGUCCCACGGGGCGAUCGUGAUGAAAUGCAAAGACAGAUGCUGGGUCGAGACUCGAAGGCACCCUCCGACACCUCAUCGCCUUCAUCGCCAUUGUCUGCAAUCACGCAAAUGAUGCAGGGCGAGAGGGCCCCUGCGCGCCGUGACAACUUCAGAAUGGCUGAAAGUUUCGAAGCCGAUGUGAUUAAGCACCCCUACGCCGACCAAACCCCGGCUCACCACCUGCACGUCUACUGCCACAAGCACAACACAAUCCUCACCUUGACACGGCCAAACGGCAACCCUAUUAUGUCAAUUGGAUGUGGCCAGAUUGGCUUCCGCAAAGCCGGCCGCUCUGGAUUUGACCCGGCAUACCAACUGUCCGCCCACGUGCUAAGCCAAAUCAAGGAGAAAGGCCUCCUGAUGGAGAUCAAGCGACUAGAAGUCGUGUUCCGGGGGUUUGGAAAGGGCCGAGAGGCAUUCACAAAGGUUCUGCUGGGCAAUGAGGGACGAUUCAUCAAAGGACUUGUGGUGCGAGUGACCGAUUCCACUCGACUCAAGUUCGGUGGUACCCGCAGCAGGCAUGAGCGUAGACUGGGAUGA